CUCGUGAUCCUGCGCCACGGCAAGACGGAGCACAACAAGCUCGGCUUGUUCACGGGCUGGGAGGACGCGGGCCUCGCGCCCGAGGGCCGCGCCGAGGCGUCGCUCGCCGGCCGCCUCCUCCGGGCCCACGGCUUCGAGCUCGACAUGGUCUACACGUCCUGGCUGUCGCGCGCCAUCGAGACGGCCUGGAUCACGCUGAGCGAGCUCGACAGCCUGUGGAUCCCCAUCGUGAAGACGUGGCGCCUCAACGAGCGCAUGUACGGCGCGCUCACGGGCCUGUCGAAGAAGAUGAUCGCGCAGCUCCACGGCGAGGACCAGUUCCGCGAGUGGCGCCGGUCCUACCGCGUGCGGCCGCCGCGCGCGAGCUCCUUCAGCCCCCAGUACCCGGGCAACGACGACCGGUACCAGCGCUACCUCGUCAUGGCGCGCAAGGUGCCCCACACGGAGUCGCUCAAGGACUGCAUGGACCGGACCAUCCCCUACUUCGAGGAGGUCAUCGGCCCGUCGCUGGAGAACCGGACGGUGCUCAUCGCGUCGUCGGAGAACGCGAUCCGCGGCCUGCUCAUGAAGCUCUGCGCCGUGCCCGAGGACCGCGUCAACGAGGUCGAGAUCCCGACGGGCCUGCCGCUCAUCUACGACCUGGAC